AUGGCUGACCGUCGUUCAGAAGCAGAUUUGCCGCAAGCAAAACGACCUCGGGUUGGCGAUAUGGAUCCAGCAUCAAAUCCAUACCUGGCGCAUAUGUAUGAAGACGAAGCAGCGAAUUCCUAUGGCGGUGGCUAUGGAGGACAAAAUGGUGGUAGAAAUGGCACAUCUAGUCGAACGGGUCUUUCAGAUUUCAAAAGACACGCAACGACGUCUGCGCAAGCACAUAAGGCAGAGGAUGGACCAAAUAAUCCUUUCAACAACUCGCCCCUCUCGAAUCAGUACUUUAAUAUCCUAAAGACCAGGAGGGACCUGCCAGUACACAAGCAAAGACAGGAGUUCUUGGACAUGUUCCAGAAGACCCAGAUCCUCGUCUUCGUCGGAGAGACUGGUUCUGGAAAAACAACUCAGAUUCCUCAGUUCGUUCUGUUCGAUGACCUGCCUCAUUUCAACGGCAAGCUUGUCGCAUGUACUCAACCUCGCCGAGUCGCAGCCAUGUCAGUAGCCCAGAGAGUCGCCAAUGAGAUGGACGUAAAGCUGGGAGAGGAGGUUGGAUAUAGUAUUCGAUUCGAGGAUGUCACAGGGCCGAAAACGAUUUUGAAAUAUAUGACAGAUGGUAUGCUUCUUCGUGAGGCUAUGCACGAUCAUAAUUUGACUAGGUACAGCUGCAUCAUUCUUGAUGAGGCUCACGAACGGACGCUCGCUACGGAUAUUUUGAUGGGCCUUUUAAAAGAAGUCGCCCUGAGACGACCAGAUCUAAAAAUCGUGAUCAUGUCCGCUACCCUCGAUGCACAGAAGUUUCAGCGCUACUUCAACGACGCUCCUCUCCUCGCUGUUCCUGGACGUACGCACCCUGUGGAAAUAUUCUAUACGCCCGAGCCAGAGCGCGACUACGUGGAGGCUGCCCUCCGAACCGUCCUUCAAAUCCAUGCUACUGAGCCAGAGGGUGAUAUUUUGCUUUUCCUGACGGGUGAAGAAGAAAUCGAAGACGCAUGUAGGAAGAUUACACUAGAGGCAGACGAAAUGAUUCGAGAAGCAGAUGCGGGACCUCUGAAGGUAUAUCCGCUUUAUGGAACAUUACCUCCCCAUCAACAACAAAAGAUUUUCGAUCCUGCUCCACCGCCCGCUAGGAAAGGAGGACGUCCUGGACGGAAAGUCAUUGUUGGUACGAAUAUUGCCGAGACGUCCUUGACAAUUGACGGUAUCGUCUAUGUCGUAGAUCCUGGUUUCAGUAAGCAAAAGGUCUACAACCCACGUAUUCGUGUCGAGUCGCUACUUGUUUCACCUAUAUCGAAAGCAUCUGCACAACAACGAGCUGGUCGUGCUGGUCGUACCCGUCCUGGAAAAUGUUUCCGUCUAUACACUGAAGCUGCUUUCAAAAAGGAGCUCAUCGAGCAGACUUACCCCGAAAUUCUCAGAUCCAAUCUCGCCAAUACUGUCUUGGAACUCAAAAAGCUCGGCAUUGACGAUCUAGUACAUUUCGAUUUGAUGGAUCCUCCAGCGCCUGAGACACUCAUGCGAGCACUGGAAGAACUCAACUACUUGGCAUGCCUGGAUGAUGAUGGAGAUUUGACAGCGCUCGGCAAACUAGCUUCAGAAUUUCCUCUUGACCCUGCUCUGGCCGUCAUGCUCAUUUCUUCGCCUGAGUUCUAUUGUUCCAACGAGAUUCUUUCGCUCACCGCCCUAUUAUCCGUCCCUCAAAUAUUUGUUCGCCCUGCAAGUGCGAAGAAGCGUGCAGACGAAAUGAAGGCGCUGUUUGCGCAUCCGGAUGGAGACCACCUCACAAUGUUGAAUGUCUAUCAUGCAUUUAAGGGCCCUGCUGCACAGUCUGAUCCUAAGAAGUGGUGUCAUGAGCACUUUCUAAGUCUUCGGGCUUUGCAGUCUGCUGAUAACGUCCGACAACAAUUGAAGCGAAUCAUGGAGAAAUCUGAGCUGGACUUGAUGAGCACUGAUUUCCAAGACAAGAACUAUUAUACCAAUAUUCGACGAGCAUUGGUAGCAGGCUUCUUCAUGCAAGUCGCUAAGAAAGAUCCAUCAGGAAAGACCUACAAAACCGUCAAGGAUGACCAGAGCGUGCUGCUUCACCCAAGCACGGUUUUGGGUGUCGACAGUGAAUGGGUCGUAUACAAUGAGUUCGUUCUGACCACUAAAAACUAUGUGCGGACCGUCAGUUCUGUCAAACCGGAAUGGUUAUUGGAUAUUGCCCCUACAUACUAUGACUUAUCGACAUUCAAAUCAGGCGAGGUCAAGACUGCGCUACAGAGAACACUCGACAAAGUUAAGAGGAAGCAAGCCACGAAGCGAACAAAAUAG